AGUCGGUAUAGCGUUGUGUGAACCCGGUUUAUUUCCGUCGAUUUUUUCAAACCCUGUAUAUUACAUUACCAUGAAAGACGUUAAAUGUGAAACUAGAGAGAUGUCCGAGUUGGAGUUGGAGUUGCACUUCCUCAUCGCAAGAUUUCUUUCCGUCGGUCCUUGCCGGGAAGCUGCACAGGUCCUUUGCCAGGAGCUAGAAAAACACAAGGUUUUACCUAAAAGGUUGGAUUGGACGGGCGGAGAACAUCAUCAAACCUUCGAAGAAUUGCUGCGUAACAACUCUCACGUGGCGGCGGACCACCUGCUGCGCGUGUGCCAGCGCGUCGGUCCGAUUCUCGAUGCCUCCAUCGCUCCCAGCGUCGCCGGCGUGCGAUCUCUGCUCGGCUCCGGGAGGCAGUCACUGCUGCGCACGGAGAGGGACCUGAAGGCCAGGUAUUGGACGCGCUCCCACCACACCGCCUGUCGCCAUGGCAACCCGCUCAAACCGCCACACAACAGCUUUCAGCCAGGCAACAUCGAGUUCCUGCUGUCAGCACGAGAGAUGCGCAGCGGAGCGGCGGAGGCCCACCUCGGUAGUUGCCGUCUCUACCACAAGAUGGUGCUGCAUCUGCGCACGCUCGGUCACCUGUCGUCCGUCUACUGCGUCCUGUUUGACCGAUCAGGUCAUUACAUCAUCACGCGAGGCACGGCGGGGGCGGUGGGGCACCUGUACUACUGCUGGAACGUGCUCGAGGCGCUGCCGGUGGGGGGUGGCGCGCCCUGUACUACACGUGCAGGCAAGGAGGCGCGCGCGUGCGGAGAGUGGGCGCCCCCUUUACUACUAUAUGGUGCAGCGAGAGCGCGCGUCGGUGCAGAGGUGGCGCCCGCCUGCUACUACUCCCGGGAGCGGGCCGUGGCGUGCAGGAGAGGUGGCGCCCACCUGUACUACUCACGUGCAGUGCGACGUGAUCGUUGCGUGUUGUCCGAGGAGCACGGCGACGGGAGCGGCCGAGCGGAGGCGCCAGACGCGGAUGACCUUGUCGCAGCCUCCGGCGGCCGACGCGGGCGUAUGCUCGUGCGACAGAGACUAGGAUGGAAUCCGGCCAGAUUCCCGCAACCGCGAGCAGACGCCUUCCGUCCCAACGCGCUCCACCUUCCCAGCUGGAUCGCCGCGCCCGACCCUGGUGGUGCAGACGCAGAAACACUGAUUCGUUUUUCGCCGGCGUGUCACAAGAAACAUCGGUUUCUCAUCUCGACGGGCAACGACGGUUGCAUGUUCGUGUGGAUCUACUCACCGACCUCAUACCAGUUCAACGAACAUCCGCUGAAGUUCACGGAACGCGUGCGGGCCGGAUCGCAGAUGAUCUGCUCGUCGUUCUCCGCCGGCGGUAUGUUCCUCACGACGGGGAGUUCCGAUCACGUCAUCCGCGUCUACUACUUCGGCGGCGAUGUUCCCGAGAAGAUCGUCGACCUGGAAUCUCACACGGAUCGUGUUGACAGCAUACAGUUUAGUCACAACAGCUGGCGCUUUGUGAGCGGUAGUAAGGAUGGCAUCGCUCGCAUCUGGAACUAUGGCAGUCAGGGAGUGGAAGUGCGUUCUCCCUCAACAUGCCAGUCGACUGGCCGG